AUGGAAUAUCCUCUACAAGAUUUCGAUGUAGAGGAAGAAACCGAUUUUCUUCUGGGCCAUCCCAGUCAUGGAAAUAGCUAUUAUGAAAUGGACGUGCAUUCUGCGAAAAACAACAGGAAUCCUGUGAGGAGAAGGAGUUUGGGUAGCGUUCUCUGCAGUUGUUGGUGUAACAUAUUCAAAAGAUGUUGUGGCCCCAAGGAACUACGUUCCCGCACCAUCAACCUGGGCAAAAUAACCCCAGGUCAAUUCCCGGCCAACGCCAUCCGGAACCAAAAGUACAACAUCAUCACCUUCCUGCCGAUGGUGCUCUAUCAGCAGUUCAAGUUUUUCUUGAACUUGUACUUUUUAAUCAUGGCCACUAGUCAGUUUGUGCCCGACAUCCGUAUCGGUUACCUGUACACUUACUGGGGACCUUUAUGUUUUGUCUUGUUCAUUACGAUUUGUCGCGAAGCCAUUGACGAUUUGCGACGACACAAACGAGAUCAGGAGGUCAACAAUCAAAAGUGCAAGCGGUUACUGAACGAUCGGAAUAAGCCGUUUGAAAUAGUGGCUGCACAUAAGUUGAAGGUGGGCGAUUUGAUUAUUGUGGAUAAAGAUGAGCGCGUGCCUGCGGAUUUGGUUUUGUUGAGGACCUCAGAAAAUAGCGGUACUGUUUUUGUACGAACUGAUCAGCUGGAUGGUGAAACCGAUUGGAAAUUACGGUUGGCGGUGCCAGUUACCCAAAAAUUAGGAAACGAUCAUCAGCUGUUUGAAAUCAGUGCUAGCAUUUAUGCGGAGAAGCCACAAAAGGAUAUCCAUUCGUUUAUUGGAACAUUUAGCAGACUCGAUUCAGUCAACACUGACGAAAGUUUGGAUUUGGAAAACACGCUAUGGACCAAUUGCGUUAUAGCAUCAGGACAAGCUACUGGAGUUGUCAUUUAUACAGGUCCCGAAACACGAUCGGUAAUGAACAACUCCCAGCCCAGAUCCAAAGUGGGCCUGCUAGAUAUUGAAGUCAACACUAUAACUAAACUUUUAUUCGUCGCCGUUAUGGCCCUGGCCUUUUUGAUGAUCGUCCUCAAAGGAUUUAGCGGGCCCUGGUACCGAUACCUGUUCAGAUUUGUUUUGUUGUUCUCUUAUAUUAUUCCAAUCAGUUUAAGAGUCAAUCUUGACAUGGGAAAGUCAUACUACUCAUGGUCAAUAGGCAAAGAUCCUCACAUGAAAGGUACCGCGGUGCGGUGUACCACAAUUCCGGAAGAACUAGGCAGAAUUUCCUAUUUACUCUCAGACAAAACAGGAACUCUGACGCAAAACUCGAUGGUUUUGAAACGAUUGCACCUUGGCUCUGGCUGUUACGCAGGAGACAGUUUCCAAGAAGUUGGUGCAGUGUUAAGGUCGGCCUACAACCAGAACGAGAGUCCGGCAAGAAAAAACGCGGUACCAACUAAAUUCAAACACUCUGAAACCACUCGAGUCAAAGACGCGGUUCAAGCCUUAGCUCUCUGUCACAACGUUACUCCUACUUAUGAAAAUGACAUUAACGAUUCCGGUUCGAUAACUUCUGAGGCUGAAGCGGAUCAGCAUCUACAAGCACCUACGCUGGAAGUGACUUAUCAAGCUUCCAGCCCUGAUGAAGUGGCUUUGGUGCAUUGGACUCAAGAAGUAGGUUUAACCUUAUUCCGUCGAGAUAAAACUUCUAUGCAAUUAAAGGCACCUGAUGGGAGGCUCAUGAAUUAUGCCAUUUUGCAAAUAUUUCCUUUUACCAGUGAAACUAAGAGGAUGGGGAUAAUAAUAAAGGACUUGACUUCAGGUGAAAUUAUGUUUUACCUUAAAGGAGCUGAUGUGGUUAUGACUGGUAUUGUCCAGUACACUGACUGGCUAGAAGAAGAAGUUGGUAAUAUGGCCAGGGAUGGUCUUAGGACACUAGUUGUAGCCAAAAAGUUGAUCACAGAAGAACAAUAUUUGGAUUUUGAGACUCGAUACAAUGCGGCUAGAUUGUCAACCAUAGACAGAGUUUCUAGGGUAGCUCAAGUGGUUGAGUCUUUGGAGAGGGAGAUGGAGCUUUUGUGCAUUACUGGAGUAGAAGACAAGCUACAGGACAACGUCAGAACUACAUUGGAAGUAUUGAGAAAUGCUGGCAUUAAAAUUUGGAUGCUUACAGGCGAUAAAUUGGAGACUGCAACGUGCAUAGCGAAAAGUUCCCGGCUAGUUUCUAGAACUCAAGGUUUGCAUGUAUUCAAGAAGGUUGUGACUAGAACGGAUGCGCAUCUCGAACUAAACUCCUACCGGAAAAAGCAGGAUUGCGCCUUAGUGAUAAGUGGUGAAAGUUUGGAAGUUUGUCUGUCUUACUAUCAGCAGGAAUUUAUGGAGUUGGCUACGGCAGCUCCGGCUGUAGUUUGUUGUAGAUGUUCGCCUACGCAAAAGGCUCAAGUGGUCCAAUUAAUCCAACAACAUACAGGAAAACGUACAGCGGCUGUAGGCGACGGUGGUAACGACGUCAGCAUGAUCCAACAAGCCGACGCUGGUAUCGGUAUAGAAGGCCGUGAAGGCAAACAAGCUAGUUUAGCUGGUGAUUUCAGCAUCCCUCAAUUUUCUCAUUUGGCCCGGCUUCUGCUGGUCCACGGCAGAAGAUCGUACAAACGGUCAGCCUCUCUGUCUCAAUUCGUCAUCCACCGAGGCCUUAUUAUUUCUACAAUGCAAGCAGUGUUUAGCAGCGUAUUUUAUCUCAGCUCGGUGGCGCUGUAUCAAGGAUUUUUAAUGGUGGGCUAUGCCACUGUUUACACCAUGUUUCCGGUGUUCAGUUUGGUGCUAGAUCAGGACGUGAGUCCCGAAAUUGCUCUCACCUAUCCGGAACUGUACAAGGAUCUGGCCAAGGGCAGGAGUUUGUCUUACAAGACCUUUUUUAUUUGGGUUUUGGUGUCUAUUUAUCAAGGUGGUGUAAUAAUGUACGGUGCUCUAUUAUUAUUCGAAGACGAAUUUAUUCACAUAGUAGCCAUUAGUUUUACCUCACUGAUCCUGACCGAAUUAAUAAUGGUGGCUUUGAACAUCCGCACUUGGCACUGCUUGAUGAUUUUGGCCGAAUUUUUCUCGUUGGCGCUUUACGGCUUGUCGCUAAUCGUUUUACACGAUUACUUUGACGCCGAAUUCAUAAAAACGCUGGAUUUCUUGUGGAAAGUAACUGCAAUCACGUUGAUAUCGUGCUUGCCGCUUUACAUUUUGAAGUUUUUAAGGAAAAAGUUUUCACCUCCGAGCUAUACUAAAUUGUCUUAG